AUGAAUGUAUUUGUCAUGUGAUAAACCUUACUGAUUUUCCACUUUCCAACCUCUUUUCCUUCCCCUUAUACACUUUGCAGUUCAUACAUGUUCAAGGGUUCACAAUAAAGAAAGAUCCAGUGAGGACUUGUUCCAAUCCAACACCAUACCCAGUUUCUCUUUGUUUGACAAAUCGAAUAUGUUGUAUUUCUUUGUCUGUCUUCAUUUCUCUGAGUGUUCCUUUUCAUUUUCUCUCGGUUAUUUCAAAAACUGAAUGGUGCAGAGAGAAAAACCAUGUCAAACAACAGCUCACCUAAAAUAAAGUAUGAUGUUUUUGUCAGCUUCAGGGGUGAAGAUGUCCGCGAUGGGUUCCUUGGCCAUUUGACUGAGGCUUUUGAUGUGAAGAAAAUAAAUGCCUUCGUAGAUGAUAAGCUUGAGAAGGGAGAAGAACUAUGGCCAUCACUCGUCCAAGCAAUUGAAGGAUCAUCCAUUUCUUUGAUCAUAUUCUCACCACACUAUGCUUCUUCUCCUUGGUGUUUGAAAGAACUUGUGACCAUACUUCAAUGCAAAGACAAAUAUGGACAUACUGUGAUUCCUGUUUUCUACCAUGUAAAACCUACAGAUGUACGACAUCAAUCAUCUGAUGCUUACAGAAAAGCAUUCGCUGAGCAUGCAAGGACACAUGAGAAUGAGGUUCAACUCUGGAGAGAUGUCUUCAAAAAGUCUGCUGAUUUAUCUGGAAUUGAGUCAUCAAAAUUUCGAAAUGACGCUGACCUGCUAAAAGAAAUAGUGGAUCUUGUGCUGAGGAGGUUGACGAAAUCCCUGGUUAACUCAAAAGGGCUUGUUGGAAUUGAUAAAAGAAUUGCAGAUGUAGAAUCAUUAGAAUGGAAAAACUUUGGGAUGGAGUGAAGAAUCUGGUGAAUUUAAAAGAACUUGACCUCACAGGCUCAGGUAGCUUGAAAGAGCUGCCAGAUUUAUCAAAAGCCACAAAUAUUGAAGUACUCCGCCUCUUGCGUUGUUACAGAUUAACCAGGUUACCUUCAUCCUUCGCCAGCAAUACACAACUGUUAGAUCUAAACGUAGCCUUUUGCCAGAAACUUCUAACAAUACCAGAGCUUCCUCUUUCCCUGCAAACUCUAUAUGCUGGAGGCUGCGAUUCAUUGAAGACUGUAUUCUUCCAUUCAACGGCAGUGGAACAAAUAAAGGAAAACAGAAGACUGGUUUCGUUCGUCGAUAGCAGCAACUUGGAUGAACCUUCUCUAGAGGCUAUUGGGUUGAAUGCACGAAUCAACGUGAUGAAAUUUGCAAACCAACACCUAUCUGCGCCAAAGCAAGAUGGUUUUCAAAAUUACAACGAUUAUGAAAAGACUUAUGAUUCUUAUCAAGCCGUUUACGGGUAUCCAGGAAGCAGAGUUCCAGAAUGGUUGGAGUACAAGUCCGAAAAGUAUUCUGUAAUUAUAGAUCUCUCUUCUGCUCCACCUUCCCCCGUAUAUGGCUUGAUUUGGUGCUUCGUACUCGUUGGAGAAGUUGACGUUCCUGAAUUUAACAUCGUUAUAAGUGAUUGUGAGGGUAAAGGUAUAACGGACAGAGUUAGAAUGAAACUAAGUUAUAAGUGUCGGUGUGUUGGAUCGCAUAAAGUGGUUGUGAUGUACGACCAAAGAUGUUCCGAAUUCCUAAACAAAAUAGCCACCAGUCUGACAAGGUUUAAAAUCAUGGUUACAGGGCAGAGAAAAGGCAGUGACAGAUCUUUUAGUCUGUCGCCAACGGAGUUUAUAUUAGGUGGAUACGGGGUGAGCAUAAUAAGACCAUGGACGUAUAGCAGUUUCAUGCAACAAAUCAAAGAGCAAGGUGAUAUGGAGAGGCCCUAGGGGAAGGCGUAUAAACGUUUUAUUGGAAGGCUAGGCUGAAUGAAGGGCACGUGUGUGGUGCCUGAUACUGAUUGCUGUCCUGGAAGUUCGCAUCCAUUAUGAUUGUUGCGUGCAGUUGCUCAUCUUUACCUACAUGCAUUGCCAUAUCUGCCCACUGUUUUCCCUCUUUCUUUCUCUUAUUUGAGUUGGAUUCUUUCAUCCUCAAAAACCAGUUCUAUGAUUUGUCAAUGCAAGUGGACCACACCACCUCCAUCCAAUUUAAUCAUUUUCUGUAAUUUAUAAAUAAAAUUAGUGAGUAGUAUCACCUGUA